GUUGCAGUGUUCGUGUUCUUGAGUCAUUUUCAAAAGUCUGACUGAUGCUGCCCACCCACACCAAACAGGGAAUUUUCGACCAUUACGUAGCUACUUUUCUGCUUCCCACCCCCCCGGUGACAACUGGUUGCUUAUAAUUGGAUCGUGAAUUCCCCUCCCGUUAAGGAGCUCAAGAACCUCAACCUCGUUGCUUUCGUGUUUGUUACCAUCGUGUACAGAUCGCCAGACUGCUUACACUUUAUUUUACUACUAAACCCGUUUGUAGCUACGUGCAUCACUUCCGUCUUUCUGUCUCACUCCCAACCCCCAUCAUUCACUCUGUAGGCAGCGUACCCUCAUCUCAAGCAAACGUCACGCAACCGCGAAAAUGCCCGUCCAGAUCCACCUCGUCCGCCACGCCCAGGGCUUCCACAACCUCUCGCUCGAGAACGAGGCCAUCCGCGACCCCCUCCUCACGGACCUGGGCAAGCAGCAGUGCGCCGCCCUCCGCGCCGCCUUCCCCCACCACGCCCGCCUCACACACCUCGUCGCCAGCCCCCUCCGCCGCACCCUGCACACCUGCCUCCUGGGCUUCGCCUCCGACGCCGCCGCCCCCGUCGGUAAGUCCCUCCGUGUCCUCGCCCUGCCCGAGGUGCAGGAGGUCUCGGACGCGCCCUGCGACACGGGGUCCGCUGUCGCCGAUAUCGAGGCCGAGUUCGCCGGCCGCGUCGACUUCGGCAGGGUCCCCGCAGACUGGACCGACAAAUCGAGCCCGGAGUCCAGGUGGGAGCCCACGCUCGAGAAGCUGGAGAAGAGGUCGGCCGAGGCGAGGCGGGCGCUGAGGGAGCUCGUCGGCGACGUGCGCGGUGACGAUCACGUCGUGGUCGUCACGCACGGCGGUAUCCUUCACUUCUUGACUGACGAUUGGUACGGUAUCGGAGCUAAGAAAGCAACUGGCUGGGAGAACACUGAGUUCAGAUCGUACGAAUUCGCGGAUCCCACCGGCCAGGACCCUAAUGCGUUCCUGACGGAGACGCAGGAGAGCUGGGAGCGUCGCCAGGGCGACAACUCUCGUCCGACGCCGGAGCAGCAGGCCGAGUUGAGGCAGACCUUCUACCGCGAAAUGGAGCCUUACCUCAAGUACAGCCCCGAGAGAGGCUGGAUGCAAUGAACAAAGCGGAGGGCAAGAACGAAACAUGUGGGAGGAUAGAAUUGGUGGUCUCGACAUUGGGGCAUCUCUAUUUGCAUAGUACACAGGCUGGUAUAAUCCCAAACACCAUAGACCCAUCUAGAACCUUUUUACCGUUUUACUUUUAAAAG